GGGGGUGUGUGGACGCGCCAAGUUAUUUAUAACAUUCAACAAGGAACCAAAUAGUCCCACAUAAAAUUGUGGUCGUGCGUGAUAUUAAUAGUGUAGCAACUAUGAAAUAAGCCUAGACCACGUUAUAUUUUGUAUUGGGUACUUAUUCCAUAAACACUGCCUGGAUUACUUAUUCUUUAACUGGAUAGCGUAUAUAUGUUCUAAAUAAUACCUGGAUUAGCCUCUCCUUCUCUAAUAUUGAAAGAUUUUGAUUUCAAUAAUGUAAAGAUGGACACUUUGAAUAGUACUCUUAAAGCAGAUGUUCCCAAAGACGAGUGCAGCACCCAGUCAGAUGAGGAUGGAUGUCAAAUCCUAGGUGAACAUGAAACUCAAGUGUUAGAAGACAGUGAAGCUGAUCUAGAUCUACAUAAACAUUAUGCAGGCUGUACGAAGAAUCCAGGUCACGAACAAUUUAUACCUGUUGACAAAUUCACCAUACAACAUCUUCCAGAAGAUCGUCGCGAUGAAGAUCUGGUCCAGCUCAUUAAAAAUACCGCUGACCUGACAGUUAGGGUGGAUGUAAAAGUGACCAGUUCCUGUAGACCACAGUAUUGGCCAAAUAAAACUAGACCAUAUCCCUUUCAUAAGGGGAAAAAAACGAACUUGAGGCUAGGGAGUGGAAUCAUUUGGAAUGUACACAUGGUUCAAGACGAGACAGCUGCUUGCUGGUGUAAACAAUGUCAACAAUCAAACUCACCCAAGCACGUGUGGUGGGAAUUUUAUGUGGACACAGCCACGCACGUGGUCUUUGAUGACGAGGAAGCGAAACAUACGUCCUUGACAUUGUUUUAUGACAGGGAAGGUAGUCCCGAGGUGACCGUUGACACAGUCAGAGUUGAUAAAGUCGACAUUGAGUACGACGUAUGCAUGUUGAAAGGUGUGACAUGUAACAGACGUCUGGGACGAAAACUGGUGCACAUUGGGAAAGAUUUCAGUGAAUCUUGGCAAAAAGUUUGUGACGAAUACAAGACAUCUAGAGAUGAUCACAAGCUGGUGUAUAUUGUGUCACACCCGCAUGGAUGUCAUAAGCAGGUCAGUAUUGGUCGAUGGAGGAAAAAAUACGUAACGAAAGACAAGGAUGGGAAUGACUUGUACCAGUUCACCUACACGACCUGUACAUGUCCAGGCAGUAGUGGAGCCAAUGUCCAGUGUGUUGGCUAUAGUGUAGAUUGGCCUGAUCUUGUCCACGGGGGGUGUUUAAGGUCUGGGUUAAAUUACAGCGGGAACUGUAAAGCCUUUUAACGUGUGUCACUGAUCGGGGGUUUUAUUUAAAAGUAUACAUUCAGCAGAAUUUUGUAACGUUAAAUUGUAUUACUGUUGUGGAUGUCGUUGUUUUGUAGCACCAAACUUCUGGUAGACAACUAAACCACAGUAAACGUAUUAUAUAUUAACUUAUAAAACUUGAAUAACUUCUUUGUGAACAAAAUUUAAUAGAACUUUUAUUACAAUAAAAAUAAAUUGAGCUCGAGAUGAAAUGAAAUAAAUACAGUAUUUUAGAAAUAAUUUAAAAUGGUAUUUUGAACAAAAUCUAACUAGUAGAGACGCACUUUAGGUGACAUUGGCGACCAUCGCCCGAACAAUCAACAGGUGUAAGAAGAAUAUAACUGUUUAAUUCAGAACGAGAACAGUCUAGUCUCAGUCACUAUAAUAAACCAUGUUACGUGUAUGAAAGCCCUAGCCUCAACUGUUUAUCUAUAUCUAAUCUACAGUCUCGCUUUAGAUUCAUGUCGUCAUAAUUGUGCGUUCACUGGAGUUCACCUAAAGUACGUCUCUACAAACUCACUAUAAAAACAAAGUCUUUCCCUCUGGCAUUCUAAACUCGACUCAUGUACUCAAGACAGUUUACCACAAUGCAGCUUUUCUUACAUCAUUCACCAUGCAUAGCCAAUCAACCAAUCACCAACUCCUUCUCAACGUCACCAUAGAAACACACACACACACACUCCAUAACAAUUACGUCAUAAAAGUAUUCAAUCAGCAUAGCCUGAGACCUAAGUACUGAUGUAUUGUUUGAAAUUGAAUCUGUAUCAUCGAUUUUGUUCAAUACUUUAACUUACUUUAAAUAUUUAUUGUAACAAUUUUGAUUUCAGUUUUUUUUUUAUACUAAUAAUAAUAAGGCUUGUCUUCGAGUCCGAAGAUUCAUGUCAUUGUUAUAUAUAUACUUUGUUCUUUAUAAUAUGUCUAACUUACAAAUAAUAAAAAUACCUUGUUUAACUUGUACAUAUUACCUAAAGUAUAUAAACUUUUUAAGCAAGUUACAUAAGCCUGCAUAACAAACAAGUAUUGCCUAAUAUUUAAUAAAUGAUUGAAUUCUUUCA